UCCCAUUUCCUUUCACGAAUUCCUCCUUUGCUAAGUCCACCUCUGCUCUUACCGCUUCAACCAUUGCAUAAUCCGACUGAAGAACUUGUAUUUCCCCAUUGACUGCAUCCCCAAUUUCAACCUCGAACAACGGAAAAUUAGAAAAUCCGAGUGAUGGUCGCCCGAUCUCCACCAUCACUAGCCAUACGAAGUCGCAAGCCGCCUAAGCCCUCACCGAGACCGCGUCUCGGGUGAAGACAACCGGCGUUGGGGCUGCCACUGCCCCCCUAGCUCUCAGGAACCGGCUUUUAAGACGGUUCAAUUGGGUUCAAUGGGUUUUUAGAAAACUGACUCUCGUAGGUUUGUUUGAUCGGGUUCGACUUGCAAAUGGAGAUAAAUGCAGACCGGACCGGGUGGGUGUUCGGUUCCCAGUUAAACCGAUUUGACCGGCCGGUCCGGUCCGGUUUAAAAACUAUGCCUCAAACUUUUUGUAGAUGUAUAAGGUACGCAUUAUUUGAUAGUUUAAAUAUCGGGAUAAGUAAUGAAUACGCAACUUUUAAUUGCAUAUAAUGAAUUAUAUACAAAACCUUGUAGAAUAUAUAUACAUACAUAUAUAUAUAUAUAUAUAUAUAUAAAACAAGUUCCCUCUCUCUCUCUCUCUCUGCGGGGUCCCCAGAAUCAAAACAGAGAAGAAGAUAAUAUCAAUUUCCUUCGACUUUUUUCUCUUCGUUCUGCGGGUGCAAGAAAUUGAAAAUGGCGUCUUCAAGAAAAUGGGCGCGCUUCAUAUCUUCCAUUGCCUCCUUCACAUACUUCUCCCUCGUCAUCUUCCAGGUCCCUCUCUUCAGGUGCGAUCUUUUUCAUCAAGAAAGACACACCGUGUCUGCCCCCGAAGCGAGGAUGAAGAAGACCUCGUUCUUGCUCCAAGAUUUAGGGUUCCGUGUCGGACGGGGACCUGUAAAUCUCCUCUGCAGGUGACAUCCUCUCAGCUGAUUGCGAGUGAGUUCUUCCCUGAACCUGUGGUGAAGGCUCUUCUCUACCCUGGUGCCGUUGCCGCCUCUGUUCUGAAGAAGAAAGCUCUGCCAAGCUACAAUGACUUGCUAAAAUCAUACGAUUCGAUUCACGUUAAGGAGGUCCGUGCGGCAAUGGAUCUCAAACGAAUAGAGGUUCUAGCAGGAAGCUACUUCAUGGUGGCGGGUGCCCUUAUGAGUCUCAUAAAACCGGUGAGGAUGAGCUUCUUCGGAGCACUUCUGGUUACCUGGGGUCUUUACUCUGAAGUAUUCCCCAGAAAAGCUGCUUACAUAUAUUCUGACAAAGCUAUUCGUAUAUACCCCAUGAUGAUACUGGCCAUUGUUUCGGCUUUCUCCUCUAUGCGGAAGGAUCUAAGGAAAAUUAUUCACAUUUGUAAAAAAUGUCGGUCGAAAGCAAAGCUCGUAUAACUCAAGUUAGAGAGUAAAUCUUCACAUGUUUAGGAUUGGUGGCAGAUCCCAAUUUUGCUCCAUCGUUCGAGAAUAGAGGGGUUAAGACGCUGAAACUUGAAUGUACCUCCUUAGAAGGAAUUGAAAGAUUCCAAUUUUGCACCACUGUUCAAGACUGAAUUAUUAACAGAGCGAAAUUGCUUGUCUACUGGGCAGGAUCGAACAUGUGUA